AUGCAGGAUAAUGAAUCCUUAAGAGAGUUCGUGAAGCGGUUUGGUCAAGCCGUACUUCAAGUAAAGGCUUGCAGCAUGGAUGCUGUCCUACAGAUCUUCAAGCGAAGCAUCUGUCUAGGCACCCCAUUUUUCGAAUCGCUAGCUAAAAAACCUCUUACGACAAUGGACGACUUGUUCAGACGUGCAAACAAAUACUCAAUGCUCGAAGAUGACGUACGAGCAGCCACCCAGCAAGUCAUAGUUGCUGGACAAGCAUCUAGAAGUGGCAUGGAAAGAAGUGUCAAACUUCCGGACCGGUCGAGGCCGUCCGAUAGAAGACAGGACAGACCAAGUCGCCCGGAAAGGCCACCCCUCAUUCCCCUUUCCAUAUCAUAUGAAAAACUUCUUCCUAUGAUCCAAGGUUUGUCCGACUUCAGAUGGCCUAGACCCCUCGGAACGGACCCAUCCAAAAAAGAUCAUAGCAAGAGAUGUGCCAUCCAUAAGGAACAUGGCCACACAACAGAAACAUGCAGGUGCCUCCAUGAUCUGGUCGAAAGGCUCAUUAAGGCGGGACAUUUAAAGCAAUACCUCCGCUCAGAUACCAGAGAUAGAGAUGCUUUCCAAAAUCAUAAUUCUGGAGCCCCUAAAGCCCCAAUCGCCCCCAAAGACGUUAUAAACUAUAUUAACGGAGGCCCAUCUAACGAGGAAUAUGACUUUAAACGAAAGAGACAAAAGUUGUUGCGGGCUGCAUCAGUACGCGAACGUAUCAACUCCAUCCGGCCUGGACUAACUAGAAAGGGCCCUCACCCCAUAGAUGGGACAAUCAUUUUCCCACCAGUAGACCCCACUCGGACACUGCAGCCACACCGCGACGCCCUCAUCCUAUCCCUAGAGAUGGGAGACUUCGACGUGAGACGCAUUUUGGUUGACCCAAGCAGCUCGGCCAAUCUUGUACAAGCAUUGGUCCUUAGCCACAUGGGACACAGUCUCAUAGGCCUCGAAAAUCCAGGACGAAUCUUGUCCGGAUUCAAUGGGUCAUCAACUACUUCCUUGGGAGACAUUCGCUGUUCUGUUCCGUUGCCCCUCACCCAAGGAGCAGAAACCAAUCUGCUACGUCAACAGAGCAUUGGCGGACGUAGAAACCAGAUAUUCAAAAAUGGAGCUAACAACCUUAGCCCUUCGGAGCGCCGCCCAGAAGCUCCGCCCCUAUUUUCAAGCCCACCCGGUGGUCGUGCUAACUGA